AACAGUAUAUUCAUCAAACUGCCAAAAUAAAAUUGUACAUAAGAAGGUAUCAGCGGAUAAGCACUUUAUUAAACAAUUCAUGUUGAAGUUUAAAACUAACGAAAGUAAACAAAAGUUAGUUUCGAUUUUCCUUUGCACUAGAGAGAUGAACUAAAAAAAAAAAAUUCACGCCCUCCUUUCCCGAGCGGUCUUGCGCUACUUACGCUGCGUACGCGCACGUAGGUGCUGGCGGUGCAAGGAGGAACGGCGCGGUGUGUUCCAUGCCGAAGGUUGCUGCGCGAAUGGUGCGACUGUCUUGAAACUCUCUCUUCUCGUUGUCGGCUCGUUCGCGGAGUCGAACCUCAUCGCAAACAUGCUGGAUCUCGAAGAAAACUGCUACUUCGAGGAGGACAAAAUUGGCGGCGCAGCAGGCGCAUGCUAUGUCUGAUGUGGCGUGUGGCUACCAGCUAGUACCCCAAGAGGACCCCGACGACUCGACGGAUACCUUCUUCUUCACAAUGGAGGACCGCAUGGGCAUGACAGUGACUUCUGGCAGCGUGGUCAUCCAGAAGGACGACAGCAACCUCAUUGGCAUCAGCAUCGGGGGAGGUGCCCCCCUCUGCCCUUGCCUCUACGUUGUGCAGGUGUUUGACAACACGCCGGCUGCCCGGGACGGAACGCUGCAGUCUGGCGAUGAGAUUGUGGGCGUCAAUGGGAGUGCCGUCAAGGGCAAGACCAAGGUCGAGGUUGCCAAGAUGAUCCAGGGUGUCAAGCAGAAAGAAGUGACCAUCAACUACAACAAGCUCCACGCGGACCCCAAGCAGGGCAAGACACUCGACAUCGUUCUGAAGAAAGCCAAGCACCGCAUCGUGGAAAACAUGAGUUCUACCACUGCAGACGCUCUUGGCCUGAGUCGGGCCAUCCUCUGCAAUGACAGCCUGGUCAAGAAGCUGGAAGAGCUGUCGAGGAACGAGCAGAUAUACAAGGGCCUCAUGGAGCACACCCACCACAUGCUCAAGGCCUUCUUCGACAUGUGCCACAUAUAUCGCAUAUUCGGUGACGUUUUUGCUGAGAUCGGAGUCCGCGAGCCCCAGCCGAGGGCGAGUGAAGCCUUUACCCGCUUUGGCGAGGCCCACCGCAGCAUUGAGAAGUAUGGCAUCAAACUGCUCAAGACUGUGCGACCCAUGCUGAGUGACCUGAACACGUACCUGAACAAGGCUGUACCCGACACCAAAUUGACCAUCAAGAAGUAUGCAGAUGCGAAGUUUGAAUACCUGUCGUACUGCUUGAAGGUCAAGGAGAUGGACGAUGAAGAGUACGCCUACCAGGCGUUGCAGGAGCCGCUCUACCGGGUGGAGACAGGCAACUAUGAGUACCGCCUUAUCCUGCGCUGCCGUCAGGAUGCCCGCGUGCGCUUCGCCAAGCUGCGCUCAGAUGUGCUCGUCAAGCUCGAGCUGCUCGACCAGAAGCAUGUGCAGGACAUAGUGUUCCAGCUGCAGCGGCUGGUGUCUGCACUGUCCCAGUACCACAGCGACUGCCACGGCGUGAUGAAGGGCAGUUGCAUCUUCCCCAUCGAGGUGGACCUGUCACGCUCCACCUUCCACUACCCAGACCCCUCUGUCAGCCCCUACCAGGAUGAGGAAGAAGAAGACGAAGAGGAUGACGAACUGCUCUCAGCCGGCUCGGGACCCUCCACAGCUGACGACAAUGGCGCCAGUGCCGCCAGCUCUGCCACCUUAGUUGCCACUGCUGUCGAGAAGUCCCUGCUUCUCAACGACUAGUGGGGGCUGUUUCUCUGGAUAUGGAUCUAGGACUCACCGUCUCGGCCUGGAUGCUCCAAGCAUGUAUGCUGAGCAGCUUCGAGGAGACAUUCGUGACUAGUCAUUUUUGUGCGCUGUUUUCAGUGCUGCCUAGUCAAGACUUUCCAUCUGGAGCCUGAGGAUGUGUUAUAAAUUUUACCACUGCAGUGAAUUUUCACCAGGCCCAGUGAUGUCUGAUACAUUCCAUGUUCACACAGGCCUACCCAUCUUCUCGUAUCUGCGGUGCACAGUCAUUCCAGCAGCAAUUAAACAUCGGCCGGGUUAACAAGCGUUUUUCAUUAUUUUUUAUAUGUUUCUGGGUGGCCUUGAGUGUUGAUGUUAUUGUGUUGAAAAACAACAAAUCCCGUUAUAUUUAGCAUAUUUUCUUGGGCCCUUGGCAUUUAUCUUAUUGAAUUGCUGGGCAAAACUCUACAUUGUUUGCAUGUGUCUGUCUAGUCAUACUUCCUGAGCUAACAUGUCUGUGAAACUGUGUUAAAAUGUUGACUCAGGUCUUAUAAGGGAUGGAUGAUAGAGAUUGUGUAUGCACCUGCGCAUGACAUAAGAAAAGAUGAGAAUGCUACUAGCGAGAUGUAUCUUUUGUUAUGUGCACGCUUGUUUUAAUUUUGCCACUAGAAAUGCACACUGGUCUCUGGUGGGGAGUAGACCUGGUGUCAAGUGGUGAAUUUACUGUUACAGUGAUGAGAAACAUAGAAUGCAUAGUAACCCUUGAGGAGGAGGAAUAAAUUUUAUUUUAAGACAGCAGAUUUGAGACCUAGGCCUCUCUACCUAGAUGACUGCCUCGAGCCCUUGGGCCCUGGCGGCAUCUUCGGCCUGCUGGAUUGCCUAAGUCGGUCUUCCGGUGCACAGCUGAGCAAUGCGGUCUCCCACUGCUCUCUGGUCUUGUGUAUUUUAUUCUGUAACCUUUGAAACUCUUGAAUAUCAGAACACCCUUUCUAAGGCCCUUGUGUCUUUCAAUGUAGCUUAAAUAUUGCUGAAUUAUAUUUCAAGCCAGCUGAUUUUGUUUGGACAUUUGAUAGUAAAUUUUGUUGAGUAUGAGAGCUUAAGCCAGCCCUGCACAUUUAGCAAACUUGUGGUGGUUCACAUGUUAUGCUAUUUCUUUGUGUCUUUUUUUUUGUAGUGCUAUAGGAAAAAAGUUGAAGACAGUAUAUCUUCUCUGAAGCUGUGAACUGCAAUACAGUUGAAUUCGUUUAUAACGAGCUCGAUAGUUCCGCGAGAAGUGGUUGUUGUAUCAGUAGUUACUUAUAUAUGGAUCCGGCCUUGAAAACGCUCAAAAAGUGACCGCACUGAAGCUGGCAUCAUCAAUUACAAUUCGGCUGCACUUUGGCCUGAAAACCAAAUUUUCAGUGUCAUUUAAUUGCGAUACCAAUUAUAUGGACACUGCGAGCGCUUUUCUGCCGUAGGCGUCCCCGUGAGGCGCGUUAUUAAGUCCAUGGAUGAUAACCGUCGGCGCGUGCCCUACGCUGUAUGUGCGAGUGAAAGGGUGUGAGGGGGACCGACGAUCGCCGCUCAAUUUCACCCAUGCGAAAGAGACGAAAGUGAAGAAGCGUGCACUCUUCCAUCGCACGCAAGGCACCCAACGUUGUGAAAAACCGGGGGAGGGGCGGCGUUCUAUUCCAGCUGCAACUGCGCACAUGGCGGCUACGCGCAGUCGUGCAGCCAUAUCUUGAGAGCGACCUGCGUUGGGGGCAGAGUCUAGGUGCGUCGGUGUCGUGUGGCUUUGUCCGCAAUGUGUGUUCUCGGCGCUCACUUUGCGUUGAAGCGAUAGAAAGCACGAAUGUCACUUCGCUUGCUGUUGCUGCCGCGUUUCCUCACGCCAGUGUUUUGAUAGGCAGUUUCUGCGGUGAUCGAGUGAGAUGUCUUUAUGCUUGAUUGUGUGCGCGUGACACCAUGCUUGUCAGUUUAAUUAGUGUGCCUAUGUUUACAAGCUUACACAGCCGAUAAAACUACUAUCCUUGCUUCGUAUAGUUGUCCACUAAUUCGCUAUCACAAUCGAUGCUUCGCCUUUUGGGCGAAACUGCCACUUCUUUUGUUCCCGGUGUGUUCCUGCGCCUAGCUGCAAAUUUCCGUUAGAAAUGUCCAUUUAAAGCAUGAAAUGCAGCGUCCUAUAGCUCUUUCGAAAUGGCGCCCACUUCCGAUCACCUGUAAUUUCGAAACUGCAAAAAGCACAGCCGCCAUUUUUUAUUCGAGAGCUUGUGAUCUCUUUUACUACCAGCGGGACAUGACCAUAUUCUGCAUAAGAAAUUGAAGCAUUCUAGUUGGCCAGAACGUAAACUUCGGAAACUACUGCGACAUGCCGCCAUUCUGCUAAGGUCUCGGACAUCGUGGUCUCGGCCCUACGACUGCACGUUAGCCACACAAGAGCUGUUAAGUAACGUUAUCUAGGUCGCUUCGGACGAGGAAAAUGCUAUGUUCGAAAUUUACAACGUCACCCCGAACCGUUAUCAGCACUCGGCAACGCGUAACGCUUGAGCGGCCGUUGUUCCCAUGGUAGGAGGACAUAGAUGGUCGUUGAAAAUAGUUGAAAUAGGCGUAAUGAAUGUGGUGCUGCACAGACGCGCAGAAACCGCCAUCGUGGCAUCCGAUAUCGCACCGUCGCACGUGCCGUACUGUUUAUGCUGUACACCUCCUCCUCCCUAGAGACGUGCUGAAAAGCGAGUGACCUAAUUCUUCACAGCUUUUGAAACCCAUGCGUGGCAAUCGCUCACUCCUUUCGAAGGCUGAAAGUAUCAUCGUCGUGGUUUGACUGGUGUGGGGCACGCUAUCGUGUCUUUGUAUUUCGUGUGCGCAUUCUUUUUACCGUGACUGGGUUCGAAGCGUUCGUUGCAACAGUAUGGCGAUUUGAAGAAUGUUCAUGGCAUCUGGAAGCAGUCUCAAUAGGCAGGGUCGGAAAAUCGUAAAUGCACUUGAAUGUGGUCAUUAAAACCGAUAGAUCGUUAUAAGUCGGUUCGACUGUAUUGCUGCUGUCCUUAAUACUAACGCUUCGUCUGGACCAAAGAAGCCUUUAAAGGCUCUUUAGUAUUUUUUAAAAUAAGAACCAAUGGGAACGCUGGAAGUAACGCUGUGUUUUCUGUGACGUAGCAGCCUGUAUUUUCACAGUGCCUGCUAAAUCACUGCACAAUGCAUGGAAGCUAGUGGCCUACAGUGGUGGCAUCAAGUUACCAGGCAUUUUGUACCGGUCAUUAGAGUACAGACACUGCUGCCAUGCCUUUGCUUCAGCAUGAUGUGCACUGAGGGAGAGUUGACAUGGUUCUAACAGUGCCCCUGUAAACUGGAACCAGCCAUCAGGAAAGUGGUGCCCUUUAUGUGACUCCCAGUCACUGGUCGGGCAUUGAAAAGCUACAGGUGGCUAUGGCUGUCGUCGUGUUCCCUAGUGGCUCAGGUGGUAUUAGUGUUCUGCUGCUGAAUACAGCUGCAUUGUCAAGUCUCAGCCACUCAAGCCUUAUUCCAGAGAUAGCACAAUGCAAAAGUGCUUGUGUACUUAGGUUUACAUUAGUUUUAUAGGAUGUAACAAUGUAAAGAGCAUGAAGUGCUGUUUUUGUGACUGACAUUCUUUGGGUUUACUUGAGCCUGACUGCAAAAGCAAUGGUUUUACAAUAGACUUUCAUAAAUUCAAGAUCUGCAAAUUAUACUCCUCACCUUCAAACUUGACUAUGUUAAAAGCUUCUAGGUGCACCCAUGCAUGAUAAUGAGACACUAAAGAGAAACAAUAAUUAUUUCUUGAAAACUCUUUUUCUUGAUUUCGCAGCGCUUGGUUGAUUAUUGAAAGAAAAAUGAAGGCUAGAGUUGCGUUUUUUAAAUUACAUGCAGAAACACCAGUGCCGGUAUGUCAGUUUGACAACGUGGAUUUCAAGGUAUUUUCUCCUAUUUGGGCCAUUGUUCGGCAGUAAAAAUUUGCAACACUUGCCAAGUGUUUGGCUUCUUUAGAGUACAAUGUGUUUCAUUGUUACUGAUAAAUGUUUAGCCAACUUCAGCUAACAUCAUCAAAAUUCAAAACGUCAUGGCCAGAUAGCGUGACUUGAAGGUGGCUGCACCAUCUGUCUCAUUUUUGCAGCUUCUCUACCUUUCAAGCUUCCUGUCACAUGAAUGCUUUUGUGGUUUUGAUGAAGCGCAAUUUGCACCACUGAACCUAUUUUUCUCUUUAGUUUCUUUUCAGUUUGAACGUGUGGUACUUGAAACAAAUUUUUGUGCAAUUAGUAUAGAAGUCGGCUGUAGUAUAUUUUUAAAAGCAUCCGAGGUAUGCGAAAUUGUAGUUUUUGUACACUUUGUGAAAAACUGAUUCUUGCUGGCGGAGCAGUGUUCAGCUGCAAUGAAUAGAACCUUGUCUGGACAUAUAUUGUAGACAUUGUUACAUGCUACUAUCAAGCUUUUCAGGUUGCAAUGCUUGGAAGAAGUGUAGCUGCUCAUGCAUUGCAAGUAUUGCACAGAACUUUAUCAUAGUAGUGACUUGCACAUCAGAUUUACUUUAUUUCACCAUCCCAAUAUCUUUUUUGCUCAUUUUUGUCCCAGUGGUCUGUUUCUAUUUUUUAUGCUUUUUUAUUUUCCUCUUUGUAAUAACUUUUGCUAAACAGUUGAACCUUGAUAUAACGAAAUAUCGGAUAUAACGAAGUAAAUAUGUUCCUAGCCAAUAGUGUCAUGGAACAAAUAUAUGCUCAUAGCGAAUAUUGACUAUAAUGAAGUUAUUGUGCGAGAUGCGACUUUGUUAUAACGAGGCUCAUCUGUAAUAUCUCGUACCCUCUUGUCUUUCGAAGUUUAUGCUUUUCCCCCUUAAUUUUCAAGCCCUUGCCAGGAUUGCCCUUUCUUGAUGUGAGAGCAGGCAACACACUCACACUGCACUCUAUUUUUUUUAUUUCCUUAACGCAUCAUUGCGCAAUAUUGUCGAAGUAUUGUGAAGAAAUGGGAUGCCUUCUGUGUUCGUUGUCGUGUUUUAUUUUCUCUUUGUGGCUUCUUGCCGGUUGUCUGGAACAAAAAUGGCGUAAAUGCGUGUUUGACUAGUCUUCCUGCAAUAGUGUCUGUAUCCAUGCGCCUUGUGUGCCUGGCCUCAAAACAACAGAGAAAAUCUUUACACUCUUGCUUGCAACUAUGCACAUCUCGUAUAAACAGGGUUGUCAUUAUCUUAUACCAAAGAUUUCUUUAAAAGAACUGUCGGGAUCUGCUAGAAUCCGCUGAAUAUUUUUAUGAAUGUGCUAAACAUCUACUACGAGACUUCUCAGAAGUAGUAUGAAGCAGCGUUACAGGUAUGUCGAAGUAUUGAACAAAUAUAACAUCGAAUCAAGCAGCUAAAGCGGCACCAAUAAGGUUCCCAGUUUUUUGUUGGUUCACAUUUGUUUACAUUGAGAAAAUGGGUUUUUAACGUUCCUAAAAAAGACCUUUUUGUGUAAAAAAACUAUAUGUGUAAGGAAAGUUAUACGAGCAAGUAUUUUAUUGUAGUUGAGGGGGGGGGCUAAAUCAGAACAGCAGGUGCUCAAAAUCAUCUUGCCAAUUUUCAUUCUCUAAGCAGACAGUGGAAACAACAGUAAAGUAUGCUGUGAUCUUCUGAAUAAUUUUGUGAAGCAGCUUGAAGUCUGCUAAAGACAAUUUGUUGAAAAUUGACCAUCCUCUAGAAGCUAAACACACCUCAAAUUCACUAGAACUAGCGAAAAAGUCACUACAGUGCAACACUUUCGACAAUGCGCUGUGGAGCUCGAGGUCGCAGAUAUGAUCCUGACCACAGUGGCCACAUUUUAAUGGGGCAAAAUGUAAAAGUGCUUGCGAACUGAGAUUUAGCUGCACGAUGAACAACCAUCUGGUCAAAAUCAACCCAAAGUCCCCCACUAUUGUGUGCCUCAUAAUGAGAUCAUGGUUUUGGAACGUAAAAUGCCACAGUUUUUUUAAAGUUAGAUAAAUAACACAUCCACCGUAGUUGCUUGGUGGCUUUGGUGUUGCGCUGCUAAGCAGGAGGUCGUGGGAUCAAAUUCAGGCCACGGUGGCCACGUUUCGAUGGGGGCGAAAUGCAAAAACACACAUGUACUUAGAUUUAGGCGCACAUGAAAAAAUCCCAGCGGGCGAAAAUUAAUCCGGAGUCCCCUGCUAUGGCGUGCCUCAUAAUCAGGUCAUGGUUCUGGCGCAUAAAACCACAUAAUUUACUUUUCAGAUAAAUAACGUAGCUAUAAGCUAACACUUUACAUUAUCAUAUGCAUUGCAUUCUCAUUAAGCCAUUAAUCUGGAUAUUUGUUCUGGAAGUGACCUGCAAAAUUUUCCAACUUUUUUUAUUUGUUUGUCAAUCUUUACUCAUACGAGUUACUGACUGUAGUUAAACAUCUAUUGUAUUUAUGGUUUGCCUUUCAUGUUAAGAAUAAAAAAUGAAGUUAUGGAGAACUGCACUGAAAUAGAUGCUUGUGCUGAGGACUAACCUAAAUUUUAAGUACUUCUGUACAAACACAUAAUAAUCAAGCGAAUGUAAAUUGGAAAUAAUGCUUCUACUGGGGCUACUUAGUAUGGCAUCGUUCUGUUUACUGCAUUAUAUUGUUGUACAAAGGACAAAAGAGAGAGACUGACACACAUGUGCACAAAUUGUAGACUUAGCUCCCUUUUUCUCUGAAAAAGUGAGCAACCAGACUUUGAUAAACUUCGCCAACGUGUAUGUUUCAGGAUUUGUGCACGCGUUAUUUGACAAGGGACUUAAGUUUGCAGUUUGCUCACGUGUGUCAGCCUAUCUUUGUCCUUUGUAUAAUCAUAUAGCACAGUAAACAGAACGAUGUAAAUGAGAAAUUAGCUUUGAACUGGAAGUUAAAUUUAUGUUGCCAGUUAACUUUCGUCUUAUCACCUGCUGAAUCUAUUCAUUUAAAAAAAAUAUCUUAAAUCAUCUCCUUUUUUAUUUCAUAUUUCAUUCCUAAAUAAGCCAGUAAUUUUGCAGUUCCUGGAUGUCACCACAGGGCAUGACGAGCCUAUGCAGUAUUCAUAAAUGACUAUCACUUAAAUGCCACCAACUUUUGCGGCCUGUUAAGUUUGAUGUCGUGUUUGAAUCACCGGCAUUGACAACAAAAUCUGUAACAAGUUUCAUGCUUGCUACAUAGGCUUAACAAAAAUUAAGUUCAUUUUGAAAAGGUGCAGUGAAGGCAACUGUACAGAAAAGAAAGAUUAAGAAACACUACAAGUGCUGCAAUCAUAACUGCAUAUCUUAGUAUACACACAUGCUCAUGUGACUGACAUUUGCAUAUUGUAACAAACUAGGCAAAACAUACAAAUUAAUUGAUCAAACGCCUCAUAACUCACUGCUUGCUUAAAAAUGACAGCCCACCUUUUUUCGAGUGCUUUAUUUCUUGCCUCUUUUUUCUGAAGCGCACCAUUACCGAGACCCCUGGCUGUUUAUAAGCAUGGUACAUAAAUAAAUCUGUUAUUGUUAAUAUAGUAAUAAUAGGGUGAUAGAUGCCGGACUUAGUCAACCUUUCCAUUCUGCCGUGGAACAUGAAAUGGCAGGUCCUGUUCCUAGCCGCCAUGACUACAUCUUGAUUGUGGAAUGUGAAAACGCCUGUACCAUGCAUUGAGUGCAUAUAAAAUUGAUAACCCCAGAAGUUUAAUAUUAACCCACAACUGUCAAAUAUGAUGUCUCUCAUAGCUCUGAAGACCAGUCAUUUGAAAUGUGAGUAGCAAGGAGUGACUCGACUGAGCCUAAAGCCCAGAAACGUUUCCUAGUCGUGCCUUCCGCUAGUUCUGAAAACUUUAUAUGCAGGGUCAGGGUAAUGUAGCAGUCCUAUUGCUACUGGGAUGUUUUCACAAAUUGCCAAUGGUUGAAGCAGUGCUCCAACCCUAUCACCAGGAUCGUCUGGUCAUGAAUAGUGGAGGAUAAGAAAGGAAUAGAAUUGUGAGCAAAAGGAAUCCAUACGUUAUAGCAGCCCAAGUCUGAGAUUCUGAUUUUCAUUAUUCAGCAGCAGGGAUGCCUACAAAAUCGAGCGUGAAAACUGCAUUUGGCAGGCACCAAAUGAAAUGAUGCACAUGCUAGUACUUAAAGCUGUGGGUGUUUGGCUAAGUAGCAAUGCACCACUGCACAACACUGAACACGAUAUAACAGGUGUCCAGUGCCACCAGAAAUAAAUGUGGAAAUUGUAUAUAUGAUACUGUCCCUCGGCUUGUGAUCUUUCACUCUUUCAUUCUUUGCGGAGGUUUGUGUGCCGGUUAUUGUUUGAUGGUAAAGAGCGCAAAACAUUGUGCACUUAAAAAAAAAUAAUUUUCACAGUUCUGCAUGUGGCUGCAUUUUCUGAUGAUAAAGAGUUUAAUAAUUAUUUAUAUGCUGUUUAUUACAGACGUAGCAACUGUGUUCUUACUCUGCUGUCUUGUUGACUGAACAUAAUUGGCGUAGCAGUUAGCAGUUUGUUUUUGGAUGGUUAUACAUUAGGAUCUAUAAAAUCUUAGUGGUUUAUUGUUUCAUGGAUUCGAUUGCAUUCCGAACAGUCAGUGGAAUCCACAAUAACUGAUUGUACAGUGUCCACCAAAGCAACCCUCUGCUAGUCUACCUACUUCUGAAACUAGCCCUGUUGUUGAAUGAACACGAAUUAAAUGUAUUAUAGCUUGCAAACUGUAUGGACUGUGUUGUAGCCUUUUCAAAUUGCUCUUUUCAUAUGUUUUCUGUUGUGCUAAUGUACAAUUCAGCACCGAUGCUAGCUGAUUGUAACAAAGCAGCAGUAAAUGGUUUGCCAUUAAAUGGUACGUCUUAUGGGGUACUAGCUUUCAUGACAAGUUCCAUGUAUUGCACACUUAACACAUCUUUUGAGCAAUGUAAUAUGUUGCAGUUGUGAGCAGCAUUUUGUUUUCUGUAUCAUGGCAGGGCACUUUGUGGCCGCUGUACUAUCGCACAGCCUCAAACUGAAGUAAAAUAUGUCCAAAUCAGUUG